AUGGCGGCUUGGCCGAGUGCUUUGAGGCUGCGGUCAACACUCGUGGAGUUCUUGCAUGCGCAGGCAGCGGGGGGGAUCCAGGAUUGCCAGCGAGCGGUGAUGUUCCUCCAGGAGCGCGAAGCAGAGGCAGCAGAGCAGUUGGCUGCGGAGGCGCUCGCCAAGCGCUCGUUGUCUGUUGCGGCCAGGGCCGCAUCAGAUGCUCAGCAUUUUGACCCCAGUGAGCAGGACACGGACACGGAGGUGUUUGGCACCUGCUUUUUGCAAGCGGGUGUUCGGCACCGGGUGUAUGGCACCUGCUUCAGGCCCAAAAAGAACGAUUUGCAGUGCGUGGUAUUUGCCGCUUUGCCGCUUUGGCUUCAAGCCGAGUACGGGAGCUACAGCAACUACUUCAAGGAAGUGGUGAAGAAGGAGAACCAGAGCAAGCACCAGAAGUUCCUUGCCGGCAGAAAAGUGUGGAUUCAGCAGCAUGGUGACACUCAAGGUCGCACCAAGCUGAAGAACAAGAAGGAGCUUCUUGCCGCAACCAGGGAGCUCAAGCUGGAGCGCAAACUCGGCGGAAAGUUCGAAAGGCCACAGAAGUCUUUUGUUACGCAAGACGGGUGGAACCCCAGCAUCCACGGCGGCGAGUACGACAAGUCGAAAGAAGUCGAGGAGGACAUCUUUGGCAAAAUCAUGAAGGGUGUGUGGGUCAGUACCGCGCCGGCGGGCGUCUUCAAGUUCAAAGAGUUUGACGAAAGGGCCAUUCGUGAUAUCACGACGGACCACCAUGCAGACGACCAGCUCUUCGGGGAGGAAGCCUUUGAGCGGAAGAAGAAAGCAGCUUUGGACGUGGUUGACGCUGCUACCAAAGCCAGGGAGAGCACAGCUGUUAAGGGCAAGGAGAUGUCCAUGGAUGCGAAGCGUACUGUGUGCCCCGACGACGACGAGGACCCAGCUCCGGGUGCCAGCAACGACGCUGCUCUUGAGAGCUCUUCUGAGGAAGAGGUCGGGGUGUCGGCCGCGCACAAGAUGUUCGGCAAGGUCGUGGCCACAGCCAAGGCUGCUCCAGCUGCAGCCCCAGACAAGGCUGAGGCCAAGGGCAACAAGAAGAAGGCCAUCCCAGUGGCCGCGGGCAAGGCGAAGGCCCAAGAGCCUAGGAAAGUCACGACAGUCAACACAACACCCAGGGCAGCCAAGACCUCGCCGGCAUCGUCAAAGCCAAAUCAAGAGGCCGGAAUGGGAGCCAUGUUUUCGCUUGUUGCACCUUCAGAGAAGGGUUCCGACAGUGGAGCCUCGCCGGCCAAGACAGGCGAGAUGCUCUUGGUUGAUGGUCGGGCCAAGCGGGCGUACAACUCCAUGACGGAGAAGGCUGACGAGUGCAGCGGGAUGUUGGAGAAGAUGGACCUUUCCGACGUCGUGCCAGCUGCACAUGAACGGGCAGAUUGGAAGGCCAGCUUGGCCAAACGAGUUACCCAGUGCAAGCUGAUCUGCCGGCAGUGCAAGGAUCACAUGCGCCGCAUGGACAAGAGUGCAAACAAAGUUUCAACAACCGCGCAGACCUUUGAGUCCUUGCUGGGUGUUGCUGGUGCAGACCCACCAGAUGCGGAGAAGAUGGUUGAGGCCUAUGAGGCGAGUUUUGAGGCUUGUCAGAACUCGUUGUUCAAGCCGGCGAAGGCCUUGGGCCCAGUCUUCAGCUUGAAGUACGUCUUGGCAAAGGGCAACUUGUGCUGUCUGUACCAAGAGUAUGACAAGUUCUGCGCAAUGUUGUUGUGGAAGCGCGACAAGUUGGACCAGAUGGAGAGCCUCUCACAGGCCUUGGGCCGGGACAAGCUGCAGCAACACGUCACUGCGGAGUGUGAGAACCGCUUGAUCCUGCUUAUGCGAUUAGUCUCGCCCCAAGAGCUGAGGGCUUUCGGCUCAAACAGGCUCGAAGGUUCGCUGCUGGACGCGUCGGCUUUGUGCGAGUCCAUGCUGGCAACUGAGCAAAAUGAAGGCGACAACUUCAUCCUCCAGGAGCUCUGUGUGGAUGUCCGGAUGGUCCACUCCAUUCUCACCUUAGGCAGCAAGGACUUGACCCUCCUCAGCACGGCUGUCCUAAGUCUGCAGGAGGCGCAAGCCCAUCUGGAGAACAAAGAGAACUCGGAAGAUGCCCAGGAAGAUUCCGCGCAUGAUCUGUCAGCCCUUGCUCGCUUCUUUGCGCAGCACGCCACCGGCAAGGUCCUUUUGGAUGCGGCUUCGAGCCGGGUUGUCGCCAGUGGAAAGGCGAAGGAAGCCCAAGCAGCUCUGAAGGAGUUUCGGCAGGCUACUUGCGACUUGAAGGGCCAGAGCCCACGUGAGAUGUUUCUACAAGAGCUCUGUGAGCCUGCCCUGGCCAAGUACCAGGCGGUUGCGACGCUCUGUCAGGACUUGAAGUCGAAGAAAGCCGAUGCCCAGAAGAGUAUGGUUGAAGUUGGGGAGCAGUUGCAGAAGGAGCUGGACGCAGCCAAGGAUGAGUUCAUGAAUGCCGUUGAGACAGUCACCAUCGGCCAUCUUCGGUCCGAGUGUGAGCCUUUGCUGUCGGUGCUUUGCGAGGGUUUGGAGAACGACGGCAAAGCCUCCAACGCUGACGGAGUCAUGACGCUGAUGAAUUUGGAUGAGCUUUGGCCCGCAGUGCAGAACACAUCCAUGAUCGAUCACGGUUUCUGGAAGGCUUGUCCAGGAAAGUGUGCGUUCUUGCAGCGCUACCAGAAGUUCGCGAAGGCAUUGUGUGAGAUGGGCGAGUACCUCUUUCGCCAGCUCCCUUCUUUCCAGCACCUGCCACGGGUGCACCCGUCAGCUGCCUCCAUGCGGCUGUGGGCGAACCAGUUGCCCAAACAGCUGGAGGAGUGGGUCGAGAGCACAGAGUUGCGCGGAAGGAUGCAGAAGACUUGUUUCCAGCGAUGUGCCGACCAGCUCAAGACCCUUUUCUCCGCAGGGUUGGCCGCAGUUGGCCAAGUGGUGGCCGAGGUCAAGAAGGGAGAGACGCCUCUCACGCAAAACAGCGUGGACGAGCUCAUGAGCAAGGUCGUUUUGUCUACCGCCAAGAAGGAGGAUACUGAUUUCAAGAUGUGCGCGAAGGCUUUGCUCGACAUGGCUUCGAAGUUGAAGGAGGCAACGGCCAAGAGCGCAGGUGACAGCACACUUGCCACCGACUUGGAGAUCUCCCAGCUCACCACGGUGGACCAGUGGUUGCUUGCCGCAGUUGAAGAUCUUCUGAAGCGACAGAAGGAUACCUUGGUCGAGGGCUUUGCCCGGGUGUCAAAUGUCGCAGUCGAGAUCGAGGCAUCGCUUGCCAAGCUGCCGGGCUUCACUGACGAGGUGGGCUUUCGGGAGGCUGGUGUGAAGCUGGUGCAGAAGCUCGCAUCCGCCGCAGCAAAGUUGGAGAACAACUUGAGCAGCCUCAGGGACAGCAUGGAGAGUGUGGACAUUCUGUCUUCAGUGCGUUUCUCCGACAAAGGCCCAGAUGAGGCCUUGUGCAAGAGCUGCGACGUCAAGUCCAAGACGGACGAGUUGGAGGCAGCCGACAAGAAAGCCACAAUGGCGGGUUGCGUAGUGGCCUUGGUUGCCAGUGUGUGCCUGCUGCGAGGCCCGGAGCUUGCCGAGUCGAGCCCAGAUGUUUCAGUCUUUGCUCAGCUCCGGGAUGUCCAGAAAACGUUGCAGGUCAAGGUCAGCAAGCUCUCGGACGACAAGAAGCAAGGAAAUCCAGAUGGUUCUGAUAUGGUGGCCUUUGCUGAGAAGAUCCUUGAGGAGUGCGGCACCGUCUUGGCGCAACAGGGAGACCCAAAGAAAAGGAAGGCCCCAGUGCCGGGUGAGGACCCGGCCCUCGCAGGUGACAAGGAGCCAAGCAAGAAGACCGCCCAGACCCAGAACAAGGAGAAGGAGAAGUGCGCGGCAAAAGCCAAGGCGAAGCAGAAAGCCCAGAAGGUCGCGGAGGAGAAGCAGGACGACCCCAAGCCGAAGCAGGACAACAAGAAGGGCAAGGACAAGGAGAAGGCGGACAAGGCCCCGGAGAAGCAGCCAGCGAAGAUCAAAAGGCCCGCCCCCGUGGCUGAGGAGGAGCCGAAAAAGCGGCAGACGAGCCUCCUGGAUGGCAUGAGCAAGAAAGGCCGAAAGUAG